AACCCGCCGAUAGGAGAAAAAGAAGAAGAAGAAGAAGAAGAGAAUAGGGGACCAUCUUCCGGUUACCUCCUCUUCCUACUCAAAAUCGUACUUCUGCGCAAUUCGCCGAUUCAUUUCUUUAUUUCUAAUCAACUGCUUGUGCUUAUUUGUGUUCUAGAUAACGAUAGUCAACUUGUAUUGUUAUGUUUCUGUUCCUCAAAGUUUUUUGAGUAUGGAAUUUGCAGAUGAACAUCUAAAUAAGAUUACAAUUCUGUAUUCAUCUUCAACACUAGAGCGAGAGAGAAGAUGUCGAAGGAAAAAUUAUGUGGCGGAAGAGGAUCAGCGACUAAAGCAGAAGCAGAAUGGCCGGCGAUUGGAAUUGAUCUCGGAACCACUUACUCUGUCGUCGGAAUUUGGCAGCCGAAUCAGGGCCGGGUGGAGAUCAUCACCAACGAUUUAGGCAACCGCACUACGCCGUCUUGGGUUGCCUUCACCGCUGCUGAUCGAUUGAUCGGCGAAUCUGCUCAGAACCAGGCCGCAUUUAAUCCCUCCAAUACCAUCUUCGAUUUUCAAAUUAAUAUUAACAUUCUACUUCCCAAGCAUGAAGCUGCAUAACCUUUUUUCAUCAAACAAGGAAACUCAUAUUUAUGUGCAUUGUAUAUGCUUCACAUUUUUGCAUAUUAUGUGUGAGUUUGGUGAGCACUAAUUAUGUAGCAGUUCUUUGACCUUAGGGAUUAGUUCACAAGUUUUGAAAGUUUGAGGAAUAUUUACCACGGGGAUUAUUUACUCUUUUUUAAUACAAUUCCUCAGUUGGCGAUUCAGAAAAUUGAAGACUUGGUGGCACUUUAAAAAACUAAAGUCUCAAAGCAAAAUACAACACAAAAUACAAAUAUUAAAAUAGUCUUAGUAUG